GAGAUAAAACCGUGCUUGCGUCACCGCUACGGAGAUAUGCCCGGUUCAUUUAAAACCGGGCUGGCGUCUGCUGCUAGGGUUAGGGUUGCCAAAGCCUUCGGUUCUAAAGAUUCUGAAAAUGGCAGAUGAAGCGAACAGAACCGCAUUUGUGGAGCUCCAAGGCCGCUUGAUAGAGACCACCGCGAAGUUGAAGCAGCAUCAGAUGCGUGGUAAAGAGGGAGAAAAGAAGCGUGCUUACCUUACAUUAGAUGAACUACAACGGUUGCCAGAUGCUACAAACACAUAUAAAUCUAUAGGAAAACUGUUUGUUCUGGAGCCAAAAUCGGUCAUGGUGGUGGAGCAAAAGCAGAAGCUUGAAGAUAGUGAAGCUGCUAUAACAUCUUUGCAGACUUCAAAAGAAUACCUGGAGAAACAGCUUGCAGAGGUGGAAAACAACAUAAGAGAAUUACUUCAGCAAGAUCCAGGUCUUGCUCGCCAAAUUAUGUCCAUGACGGUGAUGUAAACUCAUCUACUCGAUAGAUGCUUCUCGCAUUUGUCCUCAAGAUUCUGUUAUUUGCUAAAUGAAGCUCUUGUUUGGUUCCCUUUUUUUUCUUGCUUAGCUUUUUUUUUUGUUAAACUGUUCUGAUUUGUAAGAAAUAUAUAUUUUAAAAAAAAUUAUAUUUUGUACCUGUGAGCACAUGUUGAUUUAUGAGCAUUAUGAGCAUGACUUCAUAUGAAAAUAUUUUUAUGAGCAUGACUUUA